AUGUCUCUGCUUAGUCAGCAAGUGAAGAAACCAGAAUUGCAAUCCCAAAAAGGGAAAAGACUGGAGGAUAACAGUCAGACUCAAGAGAAUUACCAGGCAACAUCUUGUGUGAUUAUGGCAGCAUCCCAGAAAAUUGCUUUUGAAGAGAUGCCUGAUAGCCCUGCACUCUCCCCAGGAUUUGGAUCAGCAACAUUGGGAGAUCUGCAACAGAUUCAAAAGAACAGCACUGAGAACCUGAGAGGAAAUCUAAGAUACCAUAAUGAAAGUUCAAAAGAUUCCAAUAGACAGGACUCCUAUGGCCAUGAUGAUGGACCUGAAAUGACGAAUAUAAGCAAGAACUGCCCAUGCCCUGGAUUCACACCUAAGCGGAGUUCUGAAUGCUGCAUCAGUAAUGCUGAAGCAAAAUCCAAGCAUCUCCAAAUAGAACAGGGUGAUUCUACAGAGGAUGUUUCUUUGCUGCACUGUUUUCAUUCAUUGCAAGAGAAAUCUUUGUAUUCUUGCCAUUCUGAAGAACUAGAAAAUCAAUCAUCAUGUAUACAUGAUAUAGUUAGACAGAGUGGCCUGAAACAAGCAGGGACGCAUCAGCGACAAAUUGAUUUAGAGACAAUCGAUAAUGUCAUAGGAGAUGAGCUUGAGAGUAAACUCUCUUCUGGCCAUCACUCCUGUAAUGAUGCUCCAGAAAGCACAGCCCCAGAGAAACAUAUUCCAUCUCUUUUAAAGAAUCCUGUGAAAUUACCUAAUGCAGCCACAGAAAGAAUCUCUUGUUUAAAUCGAUCCAGUCCGAGGAGGUCACAGUCAGAGCAUUCUCUUACAGAAAGCAACAAUGAAACAAAAUCUAAGUUGCAGCUUGUGUCUUGCAGCAAAAGUGUUGAGCAAUUAAUUAGUACACCAAUUGAGAAUACCGUGUCCCUAUUUUCCUCCUCCUCAUUAUCCUUGUCCUCAUCAUCAUCCUUGCCUUCCAUUUCAUCACUGGUAGAAGGCAGAACUCUGGGGUCAGAACAAAAAAGUUAUCGUGUAGAUUCCAGUAAUGCUUCCAAGCCCAGUACACCACAAACUGGUGGCAACAUGCCUAACAAAGCUGAGGCUACAGAGAUGGACGCAACCCAAGGCAGCCAUGUGACUCUUCUCAGAGCCCUUCUUACUGAAAAAGAUGAGGAUCUCAAUCAGCUCAACAAAGAAAUGAAGAAACUUCAGCUCAUCAACAAGCAAUUAUUAGAGGAACAGUGCUUAGUAAUGUCAACAAAUAAAAGACUUCACGAUAAGACUAACAAAGUUCUUGAAAACAAGGUAAAAGGAGGCACAAGUGAUUCUCAUCCUACUGCACCUGUACUGCUACAGCAAAGAACCGAAGACCUAAUUAGAUACCUCAAAGAUCUCCAGGAGGCCAAUGAUAGUGCUGUCAAUGAACUCAUGAAGGCUGAUGAGGAAACCUCACAACUGAGAGGCGAAAUGGCUAAACUAAGAUCAACAUAUGCAGAAGAGCUGCAGGAUGCCAAGAAACAGAAUGAUCACCUUCAAGAUAAGAUUAACAGAUUGCAUUACCAUCCAUCCCAACUUACUUUGGAGGAGGAUGCUUUUGGCUUAUUGGAUGAAAUCCAUCAAUUACGGAAUGAGUCCCGAAAGCUUAGAGAAGUCAACCAUAAACUUGUUGAAGAAAACCGUCAAUUGAAGGAAGUGCUAUGGGAUUUCAAGCAACAGCGGGAAUGGCUCUCAAAGAAAAACUUCAAGAAAAAGAAGGUUGAAAUUGCCAAAAGGGGUAGGGGUACAAUAUCUGCAAAGAAGUUGGAUCUACCUAAAAAGGAGCAGGAAACUGCCCAACAGAAAAUGUCUUCUCUUCCAUUCCAGUCACAAGGAGCAUCUCUGUCUUCACAGUUCAAAUUUGAAUAUUUCAACAUUGAAGAGAGGAGUAGUUCAAACAAAUCGAGUGAGCGAGUGACCUUUGAUCAAAGGCUACAAACAUGGGACGAUGAAGAUAAAAACCGAGCUACAAGCAACACCUCUCCUAUUUCAGUGGAUAGUGACAACACAGAGGUUCUCCUUGCAUCUUGCAAUGAUUUGAACUUUGAUCAGGCCUCAAAUUCAAACAAACAGCAUCUUAAAGGCCAAGCUUUACAUUCCAAGUUUACAUAUUACUCCUUUCAAUUAAGCAAGUCUUAUCGAAAAGGAGAAGAGGCAGAUGCUCGACUGUAUGGCUUCCUGAUAGUAGCCUAUUUCUUUAAAGAAAAAGAUAUAAAUUGA